UGGGACAAGUGUACUUGGCAUCGUUGGCUCCGCAAACUUCGCAUUUUCCCAGGCGUUUACUGUAAAAGAUCAAGUUCAAGUGUGGUUUCAGUAAUUUUACAGAAUUGGUAGCAGUCGAAAAACAUGAGGUUCAUUCAAGAUAAUGCAAAAUUAUUCUUUUUAAAAUUAGAAAUCAUUUGCAGAUGGUUGAUCUUUUAACUUAGGGUUCAGUUUCGAACUCAUUCUUAACUAAAACAGGGCGGUUCACCCCUGGCCCUACUAUCCGAGACUUGUCUUAUCAACAACUUAAUUUGAGAAUAGUUGUUUCUCUGGUUAUAAUGUUCCUGCAUUUAAUUUUACGCUCAGUCAGUAAAUCGCGUCUAACAAUCGUUAUGCUACGAAAAGACAAUUUUUGUAAUGGCAAAACUACAACAGAGAAAACAUCAUUUAAUAGUGAAAAAGAUACAAAUAUGGCAGAUUACGAGAGCGCGAUUCAAAAACUAAACACACUUCAAUCGAAUGCCGCAAGUAUUCGUCAGUCGAUUAUAAAUAAGAAAAUGCUUACAAAUUUAGAUGACACCGUAAAGUAUCUAAAUCGGAGUGGAAUUUCCUUAGAACAGCUGGAUAAACUUUCUGUGAUACAUGUUUCCGGAACCAAAGGCAAGGGUUCCACUUGUGCUCUUUCAGAAUCAAUUUUGCGAGAGUACGGAAUUCGAACUGGAUUUUUUAGUUCACCUCACUUGGUUUCGGUUACGGAACGGAUACGUAUAAAUGGAGAAGCUAUAUCGAAGGAAAAAUUUUCAAAAAUAUUUUGGAAAGUUUUUAACAGACUCGACAAACACAAAGAGUCCGACACCGAUUUGCCAGCGUACUUUAAAUUCUUAACAAUAUUAUGUUUUCAUGUCUUUUUUGAAGAGAAGGUUGAUGUAGCCAUAUUGGAAGUUGGAAUCGGCGGUGAAUAUGAUUCUACAAAUGUUGUAAGAAACACUACGACGGCAGGUAUCACAUCUCUUGGCUUAGAACACACAAAUAUUUUGGGUGACACUAUAGAAGAGAUAACCAUUCAGAAAUCUGGAAUAAUUAAACCGUUUUCAAAGGUUUAUACAAAUGUUUAUCAGGAAGCCUGCUUAGAUAUUCUCAAAAAGAAAGCUGCCCAAAAAGAAGCUAAACUUAUACAAGUUCCAAAAAUCUCAGAAUAUUAUUGGCCCAAAGGAGUAGAAGUUGACAAGUUGAAUAAGAUGGCUCAGUUAAAUGGAUCACUUGCAAUUCAGCUGGCUUAUAAUUGGCUAAGAAAGUCUGGAACCCAAGACCUUAAUGGGCUUUCUGAAGAAAUUAAAUCCGAUGAUAUCACUUUAGCAAUAUCUGAUAGAGUUGUUAAGGCAUUUGACAACUGUGUUUGGCCUGGACGUUGCCAAACUAUGGAUUUCCAUAAUUUAAGAAUUCAUUUAGAUGGAGCACACACCCCGGAAAGUAUGAAAAUAUGUGGAGAUUGGUUCAAAUCUGUUACAACAGAAAGUGAAAAUAUUCCGAAAAUUCUAAUAUUUAACGCCACUGGAGAGCGUGAUUCGAAAGCUUUGUUAACUAUCUUAUCUCAACGAGCUAAAUUUGAUUUUGCAUGUUUCGUUCCCAACGUUCCUUUUACUCUUAAGGCUGUUGGAGAUAUACAAUCUGCAUAUGGCCAUCAGGAUCAAAUUCAAAGAGCUGAGAUGCAUGCACGUAAUUGGCGAUAUUUGACAUCAAAUGGAAUCAGUCAACAAGGAGAAUCCCGAUUAUUUGAAACUAUUUUAGAGGCAUUCUUGUUUUUAAAGGAAACAUUUGAAAACAGAAAUAUUGAAAUUCUUGUAACGGGGUCAAUACAUUUACUUGGAGCAACGAUUUUAGCUCUUGAAGAGUUUGAAAAAUGUUGCCAAGCACAAUCAUUUGAAAAUAAAUUUAAAUCAGAAAAAUAAAA